CCAAUCGCGCUCCCACCAUCGACUUCUGCGCCGGAGGGGGAUGAACCCGCCCUCUUCACUCUCGCGUCGAUGCCUCAUCUAUCUCCAAUGACGAAGAUGAGACACACACCCGCGCGCCUACACAAACAGGAAGGGUAGAGAAAGCUGCGUCGUGUGGGGGAUGGGGUUGGAGGAAGGGCAGGAGGCAGGGAGAGGGGGGAUGAUUUUCCGCUGUCGGCGAAGUCGGUGGGUCUCGGUCUCGUCAAAAAAGCGACGAAGCUCGCGCUGAUGACACGUACGAAACCGGGGGUGCGCUCGGGGUGCCGAUAGCGGACUAGGUGGAUGAGCGAGUGAACGGGCGCGGAAACAUCGAGAGAGCCGUCGUCUUCGUGUCCAGAAUGCGACACGGCCGUGGCACCUCGCGCCCCGGGGUCGUCCGGGAAGAUCGUCGCGUCAAACUAGCACGCUGCAGCAACCACCCCUGUGGUUCGUCAUGAGACUCGGCUGACGUGCGGCGUAUCGAAGGACCGGUGAGGGCUAAGGACGAUUGUCGUGAGGUUCCUGCCGUCGACUCUCUGGCCGGAGGGACAAGUGUUCAAGAUCCGCGAUCGUGGGACGAGAUCGACCGGGGUGUAAGGGGCUGAUUUAAUUUCGGCCUGGACCGAUUGACUGGAGUGUUGACCUAAAGAGGUGGUGGUUCUCCUAUAAAUAUUCAGCGUAAAACAACGUCGCACGCGACAUUCGGAUUUCGACGAUAAGUGGUACUGAGGAAACUGGACGAUUUGAAGCACCCGUUGGCGAGACGAGAAGCAAGUAAAAUGUGACCUUCUGUUGUCUAUCAGGCGAAAGAUUUGAGUCAGAGAACGGACUUACCUGGACUUGAGAGUCAACUGGAGAUAUUCGAAAUAGUCAGAUGUCAAAAGUAGAAAUAGACGGGGGGAGGAAAAAAAAGAGAAAAAGUUUUCUUGAAAAGAACAACUUUUCUUUCGGAGAUUUAACCCGUCUCUUCUAAAGACUUUUAUUUGGAUAUUGGUGUGUGGCCUUCAAGUGUUUAGAAUUCCAGCGAAAGCUUGCAGCAAAAACUUUAAAAUUCCUUGCAGCUGAAAAACUUUUUAUCUUCAAGGUUCCAGUGAGGAGACACCAUGUUGGAAUUUUAUACUCCAGCGCCUGGUUCUUUCAAUCGUCAAAACGAACCGGGCCAACCCUUGCCAGCGGUUCCACCUAUUCCUUUUCGGCCCACAACUGAUAAUAAUAAUGCAGAGCCGUCCGUUUCCGUGAAGACGGAGUCCGGCCUCCUCGAGACGAUCUGCGCCGGCUGCGGCCGCACCAUCGCCGACAAGUACGUGAUGCGAGUCGCCGAGAGGAAUUACCACGAGGAGUGCCUCUCGUGCACGGCAUGCGGCACGAUGCUGUCGCACUCGUGCUUCAUACGCGACCUCAAGCUCUACUGCCGUUCCGACUACGAGAGGAUCUUCGGGGUGAAGUGCGCGCGGUGCAUGGAGAAGAUCAGCUGCUCCGACCUGGUGAUGCGGCCGGUGUCCGGCCUGAUCUUCCACGUGGAGUGCUUCGCGUGCUGCAUGUGCGGCCAGUCGUUGCCGCGAGGCGCCCACUAUAUCCUCAGGCAAGGCCAGCCGAUCUGCAGACGGGACUUUGAGCACGAGCUGUUCCUAAAUAGCCCGCAAGAUGACGACUUAUUGGACGAGAAUCGACCACGGGACGGUCGUCGGGGUCCAAAACGGCCGCGGACGAUCCUUACGUCGGCACAGCGACGUCAAUUUAAGGCGUCUUUCGAGGUGUCACCGAAGCCUUGCAGGAAGGUACGCGAGGCGCUCGCCAAGGACACCGGUCUCAGCGUGCGCGUGGUCCAAGUGUGGUUCCAGAAUCAGCGCGCGAAGAUGAAGAAGCUUCAGCGGAAAGCCAAAACGGAGCCCGGAUCCGAUAAAGAGCCAAAGGAAGAGCGGAGGACAGAAAGCCCGCACAGCGAUCACAGUCAUUACUUGAACGCCCUGAACAUGCGCGAUGGGGAAUCUUCUAGCUUCCCCUCAGCCACCCAACCGCUCAACCCCAAUAACCCGUACUCGCCCGACGACGCGUACCCGGGCCACUCGGGGGAGAGUUUCUGCAGCAGCGACCUGUCCCUGGACGGUACGGACGGCGGCUUCGACAUCGGCGAGAACGACGGCGGCGGCGCGGACGGCAGUCAUCAGGGUGCCUCGCAUCCCCACCACGGCUCAUCAUCGCACGACACCCCGUCGCUGUCGCAGAGCCUGCACGCGGCUAUCAACAAUCCCAUUGACAAACUGUUCAUGAUGCAGAGUAGUUACUUCAGUGGCGAUCACGCGUAAUCCAAAUUUCCCUUCUUCCUCUCCCCCCCCUCUCUCUCACUCUCUCUCUCUCUCUCUUCCUCUCUACAUCUCCCUGGGACUCGCUUAUUUCUCGUCGCAUUCUCCCUCUUUAUGUGCUUCCCCGUAUACGUUCAACUUGCUUUGUCAAUGAGGAAGCGUUCUAUUAAUUUUCGUCAGUUUGUCGAAUUUAGACUUUCCCUUUGUCCCACGCCGGCCGCUGCUAACCCGUUUCCGAUCGACGUUGUAUAAACUUCUGUUUUACUUUGAUUUGCAUAACUACUUUCCUUCUAGAUGACCCGGUAUAUUCCUGAUCUUUGAAUUCGCGAUGUCGACGAGUCUUCAAAAAGUAUUUGCUUUUCUCUCUGUUUCAGAUGCAAAAUCUGUAUUUAUCCUCUGUGUGUAAUAAAUGCAUAUUCAUAAAAA